AUGAGCACUUCUCCAGUUACUGUCAUUGCCUGUGAUAUUGGUGGUGUGUUAAGGAAUCAGCAAAAUGAUGAACCAAUUGAGAAUGCGUUAGACUCCAUAAGAAAACUAUCAGAAAAUAAAUCCAUUAGAAUUAUAUUGAUCUCAAAAUGCAAAGAACGUUAUGCCGAGAAAUCCAAUACUUGGUUAAAAACAAAUAACUUAUCUCAUAUCGAAACGUAUUUUUGUUUGGAAUACGAAGAAAAAGUUAAGAUAGCUACUGAUAAUAAAGUAAAUGUCAUGAUUGAUGAUAGAAUGCAAGUUUUACGCAAUUUUCCAUCUUCUAUUAUUAAAAUAUGGUUUUGCUCUGAUCGUACUAAAAUUGAUGGAGCUAAGAGAUUUCAACCAGAUUUUGUCGACUCAGUGAGGAUAGCUCAAAAUUGGGAACAAAUAGUCCAGAUCGUUGAAGAAAUACAAACAUAA